UUUUUUUUCGCGAGGGCCGGGGAAGAGAAGGAGGCGCCAUGGUGAAGGAUGCAUCUGCUUCAAGCGCAGCCUGUGCGCGAGGAAGGAUGAGGCUUUGACCCGCUAGCGAGGGAGAAGAUGCGAUCUGGACGGUUAUUAUUUCGCGAAUCGAACGAUUGGGGCUUGACCGGCGGAACCUUUCGGCCGGCGCACCGGCGCCCAGUACUGGCCUUGAUGAAUAGUCUGCCGUUUAUUUUUCGUUGGUUUUAUUUCGUCCCAUCACUUUCGCUGAUUUUUUUUCGUCUCUUACCCCACGGCACCCCAUCCCACGCAGCCAAAAAAAACAACACCCAGCAAGAAAAAAAAACCAUGGACCCCAUCCUUCGUUGCCCUUUCCCAUCGAUCCCAUCUACCCCCGCCGCCGCCGUCCGAGGGGGAGACGACGCCGCCGCCGCCUCUGCAAGGCAGGGCGGUUUGAAUCCCGCCGCUGCCGAACUCCGGGAAACGCCCGACGGCGUACCCUGGAAGGCCUGGAUCAAGGAGGAGCACAGACAGAUCCUGCCGUUGGCCGCGACCCUCGUCGUCUACCUCCACCGGCCAUCCCGCACACCCUUGCUCUCCGUGCGUCGCGCCAUUCCCCACCCCGUUGUGCCCCGCCUCUGUCCUAACCGUCGAAAUCGGCCUCGCCGGCGGCGCCGCUCCCGUGUGCUUCGUGCUCCUGCGCUGCUGCCGUCGCGAUGUCCGGGGGAUCCAUGGCGGCCAGCUGCUUGUCAACCACAACGAGCGGAGGUAGCGAGUUGGAUUUGGCCACGCCUGAGCGAUUUCGUGGCCGCGGCAUUGCGGCGCGGUGGCCGGGGGUCGCGGCGUCCCAUGUGGGUGCAGUGGUCACGGCAGCAGGCACACACGACGGUGGUCGCGCAUGGGGCUGCGCUGGUCUGUGACCACAUGGUGGCGGAAGAAGGUCGUCUUCCCAUAGCACUGCACGCUGGCCGCCAUCUCCAUCGGCGGCUGCACCAACAAGACAGUGUUCCUGAAUUAGGUCAAGAAUGUACUGCUUACAUUGCAGACUGUAUAAUUCGGAUGGGUCUUCUUCUACAUGGUGACUAUUGACGCAAAGAAGGAUUGCACUUCGUUCCCAUCUUCUACAUAGCCUAUACUUUUUGUGUCAGGCGUGUUGUGCUAUUUCAGGAGGAAUAUGAAAAGGAGAUCAAUGACACCAGGUCCCACGAGCUCAUCUUUCUGAAUGGUGCCUUGCUAGGAUGACCCAAAUUAUGUUAGUGUCGGUACGUUUAGUUGGUGAUGGUUUAGCGGGAGCGAGAGCUGCAUCUGUAACUUACGUAACUUACCCAUUGGAUGUUGUUCGAACUCGCUUGGCAACACAGGAGGGUGAGGCAGUGUCAAAGCUACUUAGCAUUCUAAGAUUGUGAACCAGUAUAUGGGUUUGCACAUCUGAGUGCUGGUGAUCUUCUUCGCGAAGAAGUUAAAUGUGAUAUGGAGCAGAUUAAAAUUGACCAUGAGCUCGUACUAUUAAUUGAUGGCUCAAGGGAAGAGACAGCGGCAUAUUCUUAGUUGAAAUCAGUUUGAUGUUUUUCAGGAAUGAAUUCCACUCGUUAUUCAAUACCACUAUGAGAAAAGUAGUGAAAUGCUGGCCGUCUGCAAAAUGUACUGGUCCGUCUCGCGGUCUCACCCCAAAAACAGAGGAGAGGAGCAGGGAGCUCCUCCCUCACACUUGUCGGCUCCAAGGAGCCCCGCCACCAUGCAUGGAGAAGAGGAGCGCGAAGCUCCUUCGCGGUGUAAGGCAAACCAAGGCUGCAACGUUUGAAUAUUAUACUCAGUCAGUUGCUCGACUACUUACAGUCCUAUUACUUGAGACUUAAUACUCGGCCAGCUGCCGUGUACAUUGUUCUGACAUAAAUGCCACCAUGUCUAUGCACAAGUCAGAAGGAACUUACCAUCUAAAAAGAUGUCUAAUUAGUGUGGUACAUGCUUCAGUACUGCAAGUUGGAGUAGCAAUGCCUACCUGCACAUUGAUGCUCAUACCUGACGGUGAGAGAAGUUGCAUCUUGAGAUUCAAUUCUUUGAUUUAUGAUGCCCAGCCAUAUGCACAAUGAGAACAUAUAUCCUUUUUACUAAUCUCUGUUUUUCUAAGUUGAAACUAUUUCUUUGUUACUUGGUUUGAGGACGGCAAAAGACUGGCCUUUUGCCGGACAGAGAAAAGACCGGCUUAUUUUAUUUUAACACAACAUAGCAAGCUCCAUAUAUUGCAGUUAGUACAUGGCAGGAUGCAGACUAUGUGCAGUAUUAGUGGUGUUUAGACUCCAAAAUGGCAGUAUUAGUGGUGUUUUAAAGAGAAAGAUUCGUAAAUGAUGUUGUUCUCUACUAAGAAAAUUCAGUAGUCGGUGUCACCAUUGAGUGCCAAUGUGAUGGGCAUUUAAGAUUUAGAUUCAGAACUCCUGGGUUCAACACAGAUGGCUUCACUUCAAUAUUUUUCCCCAUGUGGUUGAUGGAUGCGUACAUAUCUAUGUACACUGGUACAUAUCCAUCCAUUCAACUUCAGUUUUGAUGCAUCGUGUAUACUGAAUCCUACAUUAUGUUGAGAAAUUUAGAUAUAUAAAAGUAUCUGUAAGCCGACCACAUACCACACAUUUUAAAGGUUUAUUUUCUCUACAUCUGUACUAGCUUUGAACCAAGUAUUUCUACCUUCUUUUUAUUUGUUGCCAGAAAUUAAGGAAUGUCGAUCUGAUGUAUUUUUACAACAAUCAGCGUGUUGAUGUGGAGCUUGUCCAUUCGCGACAUAACUUGUUUAUGUGGGAUGGUUGGAUGAUUGAAAGUCGGACGUACCAUUAACGACGGUUGUGAGCAUGGAUUGGGGAGACGAAGAUUAUGGGAGCACAAGAAAGAAAAGAAGAAGAAAACACGUUGCGGAGUGUCGCGGCCUCCCAGUUCUUGGCCUCCGUCGGGUGGCUAGACCACGCCACAUAGAAGACGAGGGUUAUGUCAGUUAGGGGCCUCGGCAACGACGACGAGAAUGGCCAGGUCGAAAUCACAGGUGCGUGACGGCUGGAGACGGCCGCAGGGUCCAGAGAUGGGGCGCACGGCGGAUGUGUUCUACUUCCCAUUGAGAGAAUUCUGGUGGGUUUCUCUAAUAGUAUGCCAAACUAACUAACAAUUGUAGUUAACUAUACCGCAGCGGCGCACUUCUUAUUUUGGGAUUAAGCCUAAUGCUUGCUCUACCAAUCAAGUAGUACUGUUGUGAACUCAUAGGCCAAAUCAGAGGAUGCAGGUUGUACCAUUGAAGAGAGAAAAUUAUGAGAAAACUACAAUAUAUGAGAGGCUUGGUUGAUACCUUCAGAAAAGCUACAUCCCAAUAAUGUUGUGGGUUACACCUUCUGGCUUGAAAAUCAGCUUCAUAACAAGAAAGUUGCAACACUAUAUUGGUGGAUAAUUGCAUUAAAUAAAUGUUGUAAUGGUGCAUUUGUUUUUAGAUUUCUAUUAACCUGGUACCAAAAAGUUGGAGAGCAAGGACCUUAUAUCAGUGGUGUUUAUACUCCAAAAUUGCAGUAUCGGUGGUGUUUAUACUCCAAAAUUGCAGUAUCAGUGGUGUUUAGAUUCCAAAACCUAUCUAGAGUAAUCUGUCAUUUGUUCUUCAAAGAGAUUGCGUAUCUGUUACCCCAUGUCAGGUUCAGUACCUCUGGGUUCAAGAUCUAUAGCUACAAGUACUUUUGACUAGAUUGUGGUCAUAUAUGUGCUAAUUCAUGCUGAUACGCAUGCUCUUUGAACUUUUGAAAGGAAUGGAUGAAAUCAUCAUCAGAGCUUCUGCAAAUGGGAUCUCUCUUGUAAGCCCCGCUAUAGUUACUUCACUGGUCUGAACUUUGAGUAACUUGAUAUAUGUGUCUCCCAGACAAAAAUAUUUUUAUUUAUUAGUUGUAUACAUCGUAGGUUAAUACUCGUGGAUGUUGAAGAAGUUAAAUGCUAUGUACUCUUUAUUAGUUUGGUUUGAAAUGAAAAGGAUGGCAAGCUUCUUCAGUUUA